AGGCUUGAGCGACUCCGCCUUUAUACCUUCGGUGUGGCUCUCACCAGAUCUGCCAGGACCCUACAGCGGUGUCCCAUCAACCCUUGCGGCUUCCGUCUUCGCUCUUUCUCUCCGCGCUCCCUCCCUGCGCGGGUGCCGCCAUUCUCCAGCAGACACUAUGCCGGCCCUCAGACCCCUCAUCAAGCCUAAGAUCGUCAAGAAGAGGACCAAGAAGUUCAUCCGCCAUCAAUCUGAUCGCUAUGUCAAAAUUAAGCGUAACUGGCGGAAGCCCAGAGGUAUUGACAACAGAGUCCGCAGAAGGUUCAAGGGCCAAAUCUUGAUGCCCAACAUUGGGUAUGGUAGCAGUAAGAAGACAAAGCACAUGUUGCCUUCAGGAUUCAGAAAGUUCCUUGUCCACAACGUCAAAGAGCUGGAGGUGCUGAUGAUGAGCAACAAGUCCUAUUGUGCAGAGAUUGCUCACAAUGUUUCAUCCAAGAAUCGGAAGGUAAUUGUGGAAAGAGCAGCUCAGCUUGCUAUCAAAGUCACCAAUCCAAAUGCCAGACUGCGCAGUGAGGAAAAUGAAUAAAUAGUUGCUCUUGUACAACUGUAUUUAAUAAAAAGUUUAAAAAAAUAAA